CAUAGUACCUAGCUAGUGGUCACCUGUUUCCCACCUCAAUAUCGUAUUUCGAAGAUAGACCAUUGGCUGAUACAGCCGGGGUCCGCCCGGUGUAUGGCUAAAGGUGAUAAUUACUCCGAUGGAUAAGCUUUUACCUGAUCCGAGACCCAUUCUCUGAGAUAUUAUUUAUACUGUUGUUGACUCCUCUUCGCCGCUUCACCUAUCCACUAUAUCAUCAACGUAUCACACUCGCAAACCUGUGGACUAUUAUUAUUUCCCUUGGUCAUUUCUCGCUACAAAUGUUUACCAGUAUGGCGGUUUCUAUCAAUCCCGCAAUCGCAGUAUCCCUGGGUCUGAUAGCUUUAGUUGUUUUCAAACUGAGCCAGAUUGGGAAGCGACUGCCCAAGAUGCCCCCCGGCCCGCCAACUGUUCCUUUUCUCGGGAACGCUCACCAGAUUCCUGCGGACGGAUUCUAUAAGAAAAUGAGAGAUUGGGCUGAUAUUUAUGGGCGUAUAUUCUCGCUUACGGUUGGUCCCACAAAGAUUGUUGUUUUGUGCGACAGACAAGCCGUGCGCGACUUGAUUGACGCAAAGUCCACCAUUUACUCGGACAGGCCUCCAGAUUACGUUGGAGGAUUGCUCACCGGGGGUGAUCACACGCUUCUGGAUGAUUACAACGCGGUGUGGCGCGAGAAGCGCAAGCAGAUGGCUCGAUGGAUAUCGCCCAGAGUGAUCGACGAGAAGCAUGCUCCCAUGCAAGAAGCAGAGAUCAGAUGCUUUUUAGUCGGACUUUUGGAAGACCCGGAACAUUUCGCUGAGCACAUCAAAAGGACGACUGCCUCUGUUGCGAGCAUCAUUACGUACGGUCAGAGGGCUCCGACGAUCGACCAUCCGUACGCGACACAGGUUUUUGAUAUUAUGCAGGAAUGGACAGAAGCCAUGGGACCUGGUGCAAACCCUCCAGUUGACGUCUACCCGAUCUUCAAGCUUAUCCCGACACGUUUUUCCUCGUGGAAACAGAGAGCCUAUCGCGUUAACAACAAGAUGGAUGUGAUCUGGAGCCGAACCUUGAAAGCAGUUCGUGAACGUCGGGCAAGAGGUGACAAGAGAGACUGUAUGGCCGAUUCAGUUUUGGAGGAAGCUGAAAAAACUCCCAAUUAUGUUUUGGGUGAGCAUGCGAUCCAGAAUCUGCUGGGCGAGACUGUUGAAGGCGGUGCAGAUACUACGACUGCGCAGCUCUUGACAUUUGUCUUGGCAAUGGCUACCUAUCCGCGGGUACAGGAGAAGGCUCAGGCCCUCAUUGAUGAGAAAAUCGGAUCUGGAAGAUCUCCACAAUGGACGGAUUUCAACGAACUGCCGUACAUUAAUGCUAUUGUGAAGGAAGGCCUCCGUUGGAGACCUGUUACCAGCGUGGGAUUUGCUCAUAGAGUUCGCGAAGACGAUACUUACAGAGAUAUGCUCAUCCCUAAGGAUUCUACCGUAUUUGUUGGUGUUUGGGCGCUUAAUCAUGAUCCUUCCCAUUUCGAGAACGAGUCGGAAUAUUGGCCCGAAAGAUAUGAAGGGUUCAACAAAUUGGCAGAUAGUUAUUCGGGAAGUGGCAACUAUGAAGGAAGAGAUCACUAUACUUACGGCGCUGGUAGACGUAUAUGUCCGGGAAUACAUCUCGCUGAACGCAACCAAUGGCGCAACAUUGCUAAGAUCCUUUGGGGUUUCAAAAUCUCGCUCCCCAGGGAUCCUAUUACCGGCAAGGAAAUCCCGAUUGAUGUCAACGCGUACAAGGCCGGUCUUGCUCAGUCGCCGCUACCUUAUAAGGUUGUUUUCACACCUCGCAGCCCUGAACAUGUUGCUACUAUGCGUCGCGAAUGGUCCGAAGCGCAAGAGAUCUUGAAGAAAUGGGAAUAGCUGGAAGCCAUUUGCUAAACCGUUAUGCAGUGAAGUGCCUUAGUAUUUGACCCAGUAAUCGAUUUUACGUUUAGUUCAAUGUGAUAUUGUAUAACCUAUAUUUACUUCCAUAUAUUCAGUAAAUCGUCUGCGGAUUUCAGUGAAGGCAAACUAUGGAUUGAUAAUAAUAUUAUUGGACACUGAAGUCACUUCUACCGAAGACUACCAAUUGUAGUCUUGAGAAUGUAGACAUGCCUUAGAGUACUUCGGCAGACCACGAUCCUUCCGUUUCUGCUAUUGACCAGUGUACACAUAAGGCACUACAUACCGAAUCUUCGUCUACGACUUAUAAAC